AUAAGGCUACGAGCCAGCUUCUGCUGGAAACCGACUGGGAAUCCAUCCUGCAGAUCUGCGACAUGAUCCGUCAGGGAGACACCCAAGCAAAAUACGCCGUCAGUGCUAUCAAGAAGAAAGUCAACGACAAGAAUCCUCACGUGGCGCUCUACGCUCUGGAGGUCAUGGAGUCGGUGGUUAAAAACUGUGGCCAAACAGUCCAUGAUGAGGUGGCCAAUAAACAGACUAUGGAGGAACUGAAGGAAAUACUCAAGAGGCAAGUGGAGACAAGCGUCCGCAGUAAGAUCCUGUACCUUAUCCAGGCCUGGGCUCACGCCUUCCGCAAUGAGCCCAAGUACAAGGUGGUGCAGGACACCUACCAGAUAAUGAAGGUUGAAGGUCACGUGUUCCCGGAGUUCAAAGAGAGCGAUGCCAUGUUCGCUGCAGAAAGGGCUCCAGACUGGGUCGAUGCUGAGGAGUGUCACAGAUGUCGAGUGCAGUUUGGCGUUGUGACACGGAAGCAUCAUUGCAGGGCCUGCGGGCAGAUCUUCUGUGGCAAAUGCUCCUCCAAGUAUUCCACCAUCCCCAAGUUUGGGAUUGAGAAGGAAGUGAGAGUCUGUGAGCCCUGUUAUGAGCAUCUCAACAAGAAAGCUGACGGUAAAGCUGCUGCCACCUCCGAACUGCCCCCCGAGUACCUGACCAGCCCUCUCUCUCAGCAGUCCCAGCUGCCUCCAAAGCGUGAUGAGACAGCUCUGCAAGAGGAGGAAGAGCUCCAGCUAGCUAUUGCCUUGUCUCAGUCAGAGGCUGAGGAGAAGGAGAGAAUGAGGCAGAAAACAACCUACUCCAUGUAUCCGAAGGCUGAGCCCACACCCGUCACCUCAUCAGCCCCCCCGGUCAGCACGCUCUAUUCCCCACCUGUGAAUUCCUCUGCUCCCUUGGCUGAGGACAUUGACCCGGAGCUGGCUCGGUACCUGAACCGCAACUACUGGGAGAAGAAACAAGAGGAAGUUCGCAAGAGCCCCACCCCGUCAGCACCUCUGUCCCUCACAGAGCCAGCUGCUCAGCCUGGGGAAGCCCACCCCGCCCCGCUCAGUGUUGUUGAGCAGCAGUACCAGAACGGCGAGUCUGAGGAGAACCACGAGCAGUUCCUGAAGGCGCUGCAGAAUGCUGUCACCACAUUUGUCAACCGCAUGAAGAGCAACCACAUGCGAGGCCGCAGCAUCACCAAUGACUCUGCCGUAUUGUCCCUCUUCCAGUCCAUCAACAACAUGCACCCCCAGCUGCUGGAGCUGCUCAACCAGCUGGACGAGCGCAGGCUGUACUACGAAGGCCUGCAGGACAAACUGGCCCAGAUCCGGGAUGCACGUGGGGCUCUGAACGCGCUGCGGGAGGAGCAUCGGGAGAAGCUGCGCCGUGCAGCGGAGGAGGCAGAACGCCAGCGCCAAAUCCAGCUGGCCCAGAAGCUAGAGAUCAUGAGGCAGAAGAAGCAGGAGUACCUGGAGAUGCAGCGUCAGUUGGCCAUCCAGCGACUGCAGGAGCAGGAGAAGGAGAGGCAGAUGCGCCUGGAACAGCAGAAGCAGACCAUCCAGAUGAGAGCCCAGAUGCCAGCCUUCUCGCUGCCUUAUGCCCAACUCCAGGCCAUGCCUGCGGCCAGUGGGGUGAUCUACCAGCCCUCUGGGCCCACCAGCUUCCCUGGCACCUUCAGCCCAGCCGGCUCUGUGGAGGGCUCUCCCAUGCACAGCGUAUACAUGAACCAGGCAGCACAAGGGGGCACGGGGCCAUACACCGCAAUGCCCGUCACAGGGACAGAUCCCAGCAUGGUGAAUGCCUACAUGUACCAGCCGGGGGCAGGCAGUGGGCAGGCGGCUGAGCAGGGGCAGGAACUCGCAGCCUCGCAGUCACAGAGCAUCCCGGCCAUCUCUCAGGCCCCCCAGUCAAGCGCCAUGGGGUACAUGGGCAGCCAGUCAGUCUCCAUGGGGUACCAGCCCUACGGCAUGCAGGUGAGCACUUCCCUCCCCACAGGCCCCUUGGGCAUCAGGCCCCUUGGGCACGGCGGGGGAUGA